GGGGGGGGGUAGUAAAAAUAAUUUUAAAAAUAUGAACUACUGUAUCAAUACACAUUCUGCAGACAGAAAGGUAUAUUCAAUAUUCUACAAAAUAUGCCGGCAUCGGGAUCGUUCGUCUAAUGUGUAAAGGUAUCACACCGGUAAUUGUCCAAUCAAAAUGAGCUUAGUCAAUGGUAGUUCCAUAUAUUUAAAAGAAUGCUUUUUUUCCCCCUGCGCGAUUCUUCUCAUUUCCUCUUCUUCUUUUCUCUUAAUUUUUGUACCCCUGAUUAGAAAAUUUUGUGUAAUUUUCGGAAAUAAUCAGUUAUAUACAAAGGAACUAUUUGAUGUUGGUAGCUGAGGCUACUUCCUGAGGUGCACUCAGGCUGUUUACACACAUGUGAAAAACAUGUGGAUUUGAGUGUAGUCUUGUUUGCGGGUAAAAGCUUACGAAAAUUCUGCGUAGGAUGUUGUUUUUGCGGUGUCGACAGACGAGACGGGUAACAUUGAGCAUUUCCAACAGCGUUAUUCGGCAUUAGCGCGUUAUUGGCAUCAAUUUAAACAAGUGAUAAAUUACAGCGUUCUCUAACGAUUCAUUCAAAAUAUGUGAUGAAGUGCAAGGGGGGGGGGGGGUCACAAUUUGUAAUUUUUGCCAUUAAUGUGCAAAAAUAAUUUUCAAAACUGACCAAAUAAGCUUGUAUGGGGUUAUUUGAGUGUUUUUAGUUGAAUACACAAAAAUCAUGACCAUGCCAAGAAAUCCCGUCCGGUCUGAAUUCGUUGGCUUCAAUAGGGCCAUAUUACAUGCUGAUUAAUAGUAGCCGUCGCUUAUCUCUUAAUUGCGGUCACUGAUUUAUAACGGUUUUUCUAUACCGGAGAUUUUGCUAAGAAUUUCUUGGCAUGUUCAUUUUCUGAAAAUAUACUGCCGUAACUUGGUAUUGAAUUCUCCAUCUUGUCGAUCAUGACUCAUUCUAUUCUUUUCUUUGCUCUUCAAGAAUAUUCUGACAAAUAUUAUUUGUACCGGUAUAAGUUGUUGUUUUUUUUUGAAAGAGCUUAUUUCUACUCUUCCAUACCAAAAACACUAUGUCGCGAUAGUCUCAACUCUAUCUUACAUACAAUAAUGCUCUGUGGUCAUUAUUAAUCCACGAACUAGGUAAGAUGCAGAGGGUAAUUCUUAUAUAUUUCCUCUUUCAUGAGAUUGUUCAAAUUGUUAUGAUUGAUUGCUUUAUUCAGUCUAGUGAAGAAACAAAGGAACAGCUGUACUGAACAGGUAAAAUGCACGCUCCCGUGUGACAGCGCACAGUUAGAACGCUGUUAGAUGCUGACGACGGAAAGUAUUGAUUUCCUACAAUUUGAAAAUAACUUGCAAAGGAGUACACCUUGUUUCAAAUCACAGCCACGCUGACAAUAGUUACCUUAUAUCACGUUUAAUCUUCGUAAUGUACAGAAUAAUGCGUCUUAAUGUAGGGAAUUAGCGUUUAAAGACACACUAGCAAACGACCGAGUGAACACCUGAGAAAAUAAAACUCGGUGCUCUUGUCCGGACAGGAUUAUAUAUGUAUACUUCCAGAAUUUUCACAAUGUCUGUUGGAGCUAAAGAGACGGAUUUUUACCGUUGACUACCUGUACAUGUGACAGCGGAAGUUACGACGUUACGACACACGCCCUCCAGGCUCCGCUCUACACGUAUUAGGGAUGGUGGUUCCUCUCCGCGCGGCUUGUUGUGUGUAUGUUACCUAAAUGAAACACAAAGCAGACCAGGAAAUGAAGUUCUCCAGCUUUCAGCGCCUCUGGGUAAUGUAUAUGUGAUCUUGACAGUGUGCGGAGAGUGAGGGGAAGACAAGCUGUGCGUUUUCUGUGGACUGUGUGGAGAUUUUCUGUAAUUGACUUCAGCUGUCAUGACCAGAUAGAGACGGGGACCGUGAUGGCCAGCCCCAGCGAUUUUCUGCUGCAAGAUGUCGUCUGCGUCGAACAGUCCACUGGCGGGAAAACAGAGCACGAGGAUAGUGGCGGGAAGGGGUGCCACUGUCGAAUUCUUCAAAACGCUUACAUGGAAGAGGAGGACGCUUAUAAUUUUAUCUGUCACGUGAACAACUCCUUCAACAAGUCGGUGUUUGGCUUGUUGAUGCUAACGAUAGGCCUGGCUGUAUCCGCUCUAUGUUUAACAUUUGGAAUCAUGGAAUUCCACAAUUGCCCAUGUGAACCUCUACUUCCGCUCUUUCUGAGUUUAAAUGGAACAGCAUUGUUAUUCAAAUGUGUCCUACAAGGUGCUCGUAUAAUGUGCAAUAUUGCGCCCCCUGAAGGGGAGAGACAUUGUUUGUAUACCGUCACCGACAUGUUGACGUUAUUUCUCGUGUUUUGGGGGUGUACAGGUGCGGUGCUAGUGUACAAUCUUCUAAAGAUCGUGCAGACGGAAAACAAGUCCGCCACACAUUAUUGUGACUUCCACCUUCUCACCCUCGCUAUCGCGGUUGUCACGGUAACGUUUGUCGUCAUCAUAUUCACUCUCGUUUGCUACGCAAUCCUGUGGUUUAUUCAUGAUAAAAUGGAGAGUUCUCAGUCAUUUAAAAAUUUCAUCGUAGAGAGUGAAAUGGAAAGACAGAAAUCACCUCUGUGUGUUCUAGGGAGAUGACGACAUCAACAGUGCUAAUACAAUAUGUCACCAUACACGAUGUUUACAUACUGUGAAACCAGAAUGUGGCUUAUUAGAAACUGCAUUCGUCUUAAUGUUUUACCAAUGUAUAGUUUGUUAUAUUUUUCUAUAAAUAUCAAGGACUA